GUGAUCGGCCAGCCCCUCGUCGAGCGGGCCCGGUGCUCCUUCGCGGCCGCCGCCGCGGUCGGCGCGGAGGCGGCCCUCGAGCCACGCUACUGGCGGGCGGCCUGGCCGGCGGGGCUGUUCGAGACCGCGCUGGAGCACGCGGACCGGGUGCUGCUGGCGCUCAGCCGCCUGCGCUACACGGCGACCUCCCAGGCGGCCGAGGGCGAGGCGACCAGCGCGUUCUUCUGCGGGCUGCUGCAGUCGGAGGCCUUCCGGGGCGCGGGCCGCCUCUUGGAGGGGGAGCUGCGCGUCGUGGAGGAGAAGCUGGCCCAGGUGUUCGAGCACGAGCUGGAGGACGAGCCGUCGGUGCUGCAGGACCCGGGCCUCUGGGACGACCAGCGGGCCGCGUGGGGAGCCGCGGUGCGGGAGCUGGUGCAGGAG